AUGGAAAAAAAACGUAAAUUAAAUGUUCUUUCAAUUUCGGACAAAUGUCGAGAUAAAAACAUACCAUUAAAUGGAACAAUUUUACUUGAAAAAGCAAACGAAUAUGCACAACAACUAGGACACACUAAUUUUAUAGCUAGUAGUGGAUGGCUUACAAAUUGGAAAAAAAGACAUGAUGUAGUUUUUCGAACUGUUUGUGGAGAAAAAGCUUCAGUAGACACACAUUGUUGUUCAAAUUGGAUUAAAAAUCUUCCUGAUGUCUUAGCAGGUUAUUCUUCUAAUAAUAUUUUUAAUGUCGAUGAAACGGGCUUAUUUUUCAAAUGCUUACCAGAUAAAACAUUAAUGUUAAAAGGUAAAGAAUGUUCGGGUGGAAAAUACGGUAAAGCAAAGAAGCCUAGGUGUUUUAAAGGAAUUAAAUCUUUACCAGUUGACUAUAGGUCAAAUAAAAAGGCUUGGAUGACUUCGUCAUUAUUUAGUGAGUGGCUUUUAAAUUUUGGUAGAAAAAUGAAACUAGAAAAUCGAAAAGUUCUACUAUUCAUAGAUAAUUGUACAGCUCAUAAUCACGAUAUUGAAUUAAGUUCCAUUAAAGUACAUUUUUUACCACCUAGUACAACAUCUAUACUUCAGCCCAUGGACCAAGGCGUUAUACAGAAUUUCAAAAUGUUUUAUAGAAAAGAAAUAAUCAGACGAAGUGUAACAUCACAGACUAUAUUAAAUUGCUUCAUAAAAGCCGGUUUUAAAGACGGUGAUAUAAUUGCAUUAGAUAUCUCAACUACUAUUUCUGAUGAUAAAUGGAAUUUUGUUGCUGAUCAUCUUAAUUUAGACGAAAUAAGUUUUUCACAUUAUGUGGAAAUGGACAAUAAUGUACACGUAUGUGGAACAUGGACAGAUAACGAAAUUUUAUCAGAAACCAUCGAAAAUACCAGCGAGAGUGAAGACGAACCACAAAAUGAGGAAGAAAUCAUUUUUACCCAAGUUACAAUUCAACAAGCUAAACAUGCUUUAAAAAGGAAUUUUGUUGAGACUACUACAGGUAUGGAUGAUAAGGUUUUUUCUGCAUUAUCUAAUUUGGAAGACGUCGUGGCAGAAAGAAGUAAUAUUAAGCGAACUUUAAUGACAGAUUUUUUUAAAAAAUAA